GUGGACUGGGGGUCGAUGGCUUACUCCUCCCCUGGCAAUGGGAAGGUCGACGACCACCAGACGGUUUCGACAUCACGCAUGACUCCAUUAGUAUCGUUACAACUUCCGGAACCGGUAACCGGUAGCCGCGCCCCUCCUCCACACGCACGUUCUUCUCACAACCAAACCACCAAUGGCCAAAGGAAAGAGCGCGAAUCCAGCAGACGCGUUUAGGAAAGCUCAGAGGAAGAAGGAAUUGAAGAAGAACAAGACAGAGAGAGCAAAAACUCGCGACUUUGCACUGGUUAAGAAGGAUACCAAGGAACUCGAAGAUGACAUCUCUAAACUUGAGCAGUCCUCUAAUUCGUCUGCCGCCGACAAGGCUCGCUUAUCCGAGCUCAAGUCUGAGCUUGAUAAAAUCAUGAAGAAGAAGGAAGAAUACGUCAAAGAGCACCCUGAACAGCGGAGACUUGUCUAUAAAACUCGCCGGGACGAGAAAUCAGAAGCUGACAAGGAGGCCCCCACGCCCCAGAAGGCGGCGAGGAAUGUGUUCAACAAACGUGGAUUACCUAGGCAUCCCGAGCGAAGUAUCUACUACGACCCAGUCAUGAAUCCCUUCGGUGUCCCCCCGCCCGGUAUGCCAUACGUUGAGAAAGACCUUCCUCCAGGUACCUCUAAAAGUGACAAUGAGAGCGAUGAAGAUGAAGACAUUGUGAUGCCUGAAGGCCCUCCUCCUGGCGGCGCUGCGGAAGAGGAUAGCGAUGAUGAUAUUCCCAUGCCUGAAGGACCCCCGCCCGGUGCUGCUAGUGGCGAUAUCUUGUCUCCUUAUCCUGUUCCACUUUAUGCUCGCUCAGGAAAAGGAUCAGUAGCUCCUCCUCCGCUUCCUCCCCUGCCCAUGAUCAACGGCGGGGUUCCAUUCCCUCCACCUCCCCCACCUCCUGGGUUUGGCGCUCAGCAACCUCCUUUCAUUGGUUACCCACCAGGUCCCCCAGGUGCUGCUUUCUAUCCUCCACCUUCUACUCUCAUGCAGCCACCACUUCCGCCGCCACCGCCAGGUUUCUUCCCUCGGCGAGCCCAAAAUAUGUCCGCGCAUCAGGAUCCGUUGUCCUCGGUGCCCCAUCAGACUUACCAGUCGCGUCAACAACACCGGACGCUACCCUCUCAUCACUCGCUCCCUGCUAAUCCCAUGGCACCAUCUCCUUCUGCCACAGUGGCCGCAGCAACGGUGUCUGCUGAACCAGAGCUCAGGGAUUUCAAGAAGGAAGCAACUGCGUUUGUGCCAGCUUCCUUGAAGAGGAAAAAGGUGGGACAAACGGGUCCAAAAGUUAAUGCGGCACCGUCCUUGGGUAUUACAGAUGUGUCCGACGUCACCCCUGCUGCUCCUAGGCCUGACUUAGUGGGGACGCUUCGAACUCAGCUCGGUGCUGUGCCAGCAUUGAAGGGCCCAAACAAAGGACAGUCGGGAACAGAUCGGGGCAAAGAGGAUUACCAGAAGUUUGUCGAAGAAAUGGGUGAUAUCUUGUGAUAAUUCGUGCAAUAACUCGCUCCUGCAACGUACCAGUAGGUAGUGGGCUAGUCUGGGCUAGUAUACAACACUAUUGGACAAUACAUAGAGUCUUGUUGACAGUGCGGCAAGGCUGUUUAGGUGCCGCUGAGUUGUCAGAUAGUUGUCAGAUAUUGUUAUGCUGCUCCACCGAGCCGAUCAGCCCGAUUUCCC